CGGGACUCCGCCGACUGAAUGUAGGCCAUCCUUUUUCAGGUCGUUGUUUUUGCGUACAUUGCGUCUGACGUCAGAGCGUCAGCUGGCUGAAUGUUUACAUCGAGCAGUUGUGAGCGGUCUGACUGAGCCCCCUCCUCCCGACAACAAAAGGCUGAAAACAGGACAAACCGCGGACACAGAGGAAAGCAGCGGGCCUCCCCUCAAGAAGACUCAGGAUGGGUGGAGCUGUGAGCGCAGGCGAGGACAACGACGACCUGAUUGACAACUUGAAGGAGGCUUACUACAUCCGCUCCGACCUGGUGGAGCGAGCUUUCCGAGCCAUCGACCGGGCCGACUAUUACCUGGACGAAUACCGGGACAAUGCCUACAAGGACUUGGCAUGGCGGCAUGGAAACAUCCACCUCUCUGCUCCGUGUAUCUACUCGGAGGUGAUGGAGGCUCUGGAUCUCCACCCCGGCCUCUCCUUCCUCAACCUCGGCAGUGGGACCGGCUACCUCAGCACCAUGGUCGGACUCAUUCUGGGACCAUUUGGGGUGAACCACGGCAUCGAGCUGCAUGCAGAUGUGAUCGAGUAUGCCUACCAAAAGCUCGACUCCUUCAUCAAAACCAGUGACAGCUUUGACAAAUUUGAGUUCUGCGAGCCGUCCUUUGUUGUGGGCAACUGCCUGGAGAUUCCUCCUGAGAGCCGUCAGUACGACAGGGUGUACUGCGGGGCCGGGGUGCAGAAGGAACAUGAGGACUACAUGAAGAACCUGCUCAAGGUGGGGGGCAUCCUGGUGAUGCCUCUUGAGGAAAAGUUGACCAAGAUCACCCGAACAGGGGCCAACAGCUGGGAGACCAAGAAGAUCAUCUCUGUGUCCUUUGCUCCACUGAUGCUGCCUAAACACAGCACGAAUGGCAAACCCAAGUCCGUCCCACUGCCCAAGUAUGAGGUACGGACGUUACAGGAGCUGGCUCGUAUCUGCAUCCGCCACACCCUCAGAGUGACCACAGAUGGAGGGGACAACCAGUCACGAGGCCGGGGUUCUUCCUUCAGCGUGGGCAGGGGUCUGGCAGUGGCCGGGCUCCAUAAGUACGGCCCGCGCUUCAAGCGCCGCCGCGUUCACCGGCGCCACUGCAACAUCCAGGUAGUCCCCCUGGACAACAACAACAACCAGGGAGGGAGAGUGGCGGAUGAGGAGGAGGGGGCAGGGGAGAGGGAGGUGAGGCGGCAGGCGAGGGGGAGCAGAAGGGCGGUGAGAGGAGUGGGAGCGGUGGUGGAGGAGGAGGAGGAGACGGUGGUGGAGGAGGAUGACGAGGAGGAGGAGCAGGAGCAGGAGCAGGAGGAGGAGGAGGAGGAGGAGGAGAAGGAGACCGGAGAGCUGCUCCGACCCCAGCCGGCAGUGAACGUCCUGAGAGAGAGGAUACUGGGCCUUCCACUGCCCGAGCCUCUGAAGAUGUACCUGCUGUUCUACAGAGAGAAAUGAGCCACAUGAGUCAGAGCCACGGUUCUGGAGUCCAGAGAACAACCCAGCAGGAGCUGAAGCUUCUGUUACAGCCUCACCCCUGCCUGCACAAGGCGGGACAACAAUGCCCCCUACCUUUCUGACGUCUAGCCCCACUUUGGGUCUCUCUCUCUCUCUCACCUGUCCUCAUCUUCUCUGUCAUCCAUUUUCUUUGCUUCAUUUUGCUCAGCCUCCCACUGUUCUUAACCUUCAAUUUGUUUCUUGACACGUUAAAGAGUCGGUUCCCUUUGUCCAGUGGAGGGGAGUGGGGGUUCCUAUGCCACUCCGGAAAUAGAAACAAAUACUAAAUUGGUACAUGCACACAGUUUCUGAAUUAGCAGCUGGGUGUUAAGUUGUUUACUGAUCGAUCGCUGCCUGACUGCAGCUCAACAGUAGCCGGCGUAUCCACGGCUUAUAAAUGGCAACUCAGGGGUGCUUGAGAGGGAGCGUCAUCAUAGUCCAGCAGCAGCAGAGAGCGAGAGCAGCUAACCCAGAGACCAGAGGGGGCGUAGGGCUCUACCAGCCCCAGCUCCAGCUCUACCCCCGGGCUGGAGAGUACACGUUGAUUGUACAAGGCAUGUGGAAGCUGCUUAGUCCACAGAGGGUGGUGUGGUAGUGUCACCUGAUAGUGAUUGGUGUCCUUUUUUGAAAAGGAAGACGUAGAGUUGUGUUCGGCUCAACUUUUGUGAGCGGAGAAAAUGUGCGUUCAUAAGACUAGAGGUGUUAAUUUCUAUAUCAUAUUUAAUGAUAUUGUAGCUGCAGCUAAUGGCCCUGAUGGCAGUUGUGAUUAUUUCCACUGAUUUACAAUAAUAAAAAGAUAACUUGGAUCAUCUGCUUUUCUAAGGCAUCGUUUUGAGCAUUUUGAGAGACUAGUUGAUUUGACAGAAAGUUGAAUUUUCCCUUUUUCUAUGCACACAUUUCAUUGCACGAGCGUCUGACUCUGUCUCCUGACUUUGUCGUGUGGAGAUGAAACCGACAUAAUCUUUACAUGUGUCCAAAGGGCGGUCCCACUGUUCCCCUCUACAUCCCAUUGUGUUCUCUUCACCAGAAGAGAAUGACAAGAAAAGAUCUCAUACUUACUAAUAAUCCAGUCUACUUACAGUAAAUAAACCAGCAUGAUAACAACACCUAACUGUUUUUGAUGAUUGACAGUUUGCAGGUUCUCUCACUGUUCUCUCACUUUGUUUUUGGAAUGUCUUGAUUUUUGAAUUUUGUGAGAUUUGAAGUGGUGUGUACAUAUGAAAGUGUUGUAUGUUUUGUUUCUGUAAAUCAUGAAAACAUGAUGAUACUUUCAUACUUAUCUAUCUCAUGUGUUCUCUCAUAGUUUCUAGUUUGAUGGGGCAUUAUAACAUUGUACCUUUUUGCUUUUGUACCAAACUUUCUGCUCCCGUCUGUGCCAAACAAGUUGCGUGGACUCAAUUCUCGAGGACAGAGCAGAUCAACAGCAGAUCACCCAUCUGAAGGAGAAAAGCCGACAGUUUGUUGGUGUCGUAUCAUUUCUAAAGAAAACUGCUCCACUACCACUGACACAACGGCUGGCAUUGGAUGUCAAUGUAUUUGUUUUUAUCGUGUAAUGCCUUGGAUUUCUCCCAUUUGAAAGUUGUAUGUGUUGAAUGGCAAAGUGAUCUUUCACACGCUGGUAUCGGUCAAUACAGUUCAUCGGAUACUGAAAGGAUGUGAUCACAAUUGCAGAAUGGAUUUGAGUAUGUGCAGCUUAUAUUGUUAUUGUAUAUCCAAUACUGAAUGGGAGGACUGAGGCCAGAGAGUAACAUCAUGUCCACUGCUGCUGGAUCUGCUUUUGACUUGUGUAAACCAUUCCUUUAUUCAUCAUGGGCACCAUUCAAGUCUGGUUGUGAUACAGUUGUGUUUCUUUGCUGAAUGUAAAUGACCAUGAGGUUUUGGUUUUUGGUUUGUUUGUUUUUUUACACCAAACAUGACAUUUUGGUGCAAAUAGCUUGUUUUUAAGCCGGAGCUGUGUCAUUGAGCUGGAAAUAAAGUCCAUUGUAUAAAAGAAA